AUUUAGUUUCUAUCUUAAUACCAGAAUAACAAAAAAAUGAAGGGGCUUGUAGUGAUUUUUGUAAUCUGUGUCCUGGGUGUGGCUCAGGGAGGGUUCAUCACACCAUGUAAACAAGAAGAUACAGCGUGCCUCAAAGCAUCAGCACAGGCGGCGUUGCCAUUACUAGCUGCUGGUGUACCAGAAAUGGGCAUAUCUGUGAUGGAUCCCAUGCAUGUGGAUCAGGUUAAGACCGUGGAAGCUGGUCUCGCCAUGGACUUCCGAAAUACAUACGUGAAAGGAUUGAAGAAUUGUAAGGUGUUGAAGUUAACGCGUCAUCCCCACCGGACAGACCUGGAUCUGAAGUGCUCAGUCACCAUGGACGGUGACUAUACAUUAGGUGGCAAGCUUCUCAUCAUGCCUAUCGAGGGAAGCGGGAAAUAUACUAUUAAGAUUCGAGGUAUAGUGGUCAAAAUUCAAUUGAAUGUGGAAGAGAAGACUCGGGAUGGUGAUAAGUACUGGGUGGUGGACAGUUGGAAGCAUGUCGCUAACGUGGAAAAAGGAGUCCACUUCAAGUUCCGGAAUUUAUUUAAUGGAAACCGUCAGUUGUCGGAUGCAAUCCACGAGUUCGCCAAUCAGAACUGGCAAGAUAUAUUCCAAGAGGUGGCGCCACCUAUCGUCAAGGCGAUCGUGGCUAAGAUUGUCGCAGAGACGACAAAAUUAUUCGACCACGUGCCUAUUAAAGAUUUAGUCAUACAAUAGACUGUACAUAUUAUGUAUAUACCCAUCCA